UUAUAUUAGACAUUCGAUCCAGCCACGAGCAGCUAGACAUACCGAUUUUAUUAACAUGACUUUUAAGAAUCGCCGUUUUAUAUUACUCUCAAUGGGAAGACAGUUGUGAGGAAGUCUUUGUGCUUUGCUCUGUGUGAAUAGUGAUGUUAAUUAGAUAUAUAAAAGUGAGAGUCUUGUGCGGGCUUUGUUUUAUUGCCAGCUCACUGAUCAGCGUAGGGCGCGGAAGGAUAGUUUAUUGCUCUGCGAUUGGUGUGUAGUUUCGAUGUCUUAUCUAGAGGGGGAAGUAGAUUUGAUGGACAAGAGUCCUUGGGAUGGAUGUUGCUGUGUUGUUGAGGCUGUGGGAAUAACAGAUGGAGGAGAAGGAAAAGUGAACCAGCUUGGUGGCGUGUUCGUCAACGGGAAACCGCUUCCACGAAUUGUACGCCAGCAAAUUAUCCAGAUGGCGGAGUUAGGCGUCAGACCAUGCGACAUCAGCCGACAGCUUAGAGUGUCACAUGGAUGUAUAAGCAAACUAUUGGCUAAAUAUCAAGAGACAGGGUCCUUUGAACCGGGUAAACGACGAACCGCGCGAACCAAUGAUGUGACGGAAGACCACGAGAAAGGACACUAUAGAAUGUCAUGGGAGGACCAAAUACUGAAUGGCAGCAAGCAACCAUCUUUGAAUUCCACCGAGAGGUAUUUUGCAGGUUCCCACGAAGAUUUUUGGGAGAAGUAUGGAUUUSCAAGAUACGAAGGUUCAAACGACAAGGAAGUGAAAAGAGAARGAACAAAUAGUCUAUCUCGGACGCGAUGUUCGUUUUCUAUCGCAAGCAUUCUUGACCUUGAUCAAACUGAAAGAAGCCAAUCAUCUAGUCAUGGCUCAUUCCACAGCAAGUUUCCAGGCGACGGCGGAGAAUACGGUCAUUUUACCCAAAAUAAUCUCCCCAAGAAGCCUUUGAUUCAUUAUCRGAGAAGAAACAGAACUAAGUUCUCCAAGAAGCAACUGGAGGAGCUUGAGCGCACCUACGAUGAAACGCAUUACCCUGACAUCACGACAAGAGAGGCGUUGGCCAAACUGCUAAAAGUACCAGAAUCAAGAAUACAGGUCUGGUUCUCAAACAGACGAUCCAAGGGCAAAAGAAAAAUGAGAUCACAGAUGGAGCUAAACUCGGAGCUCAGCUCAACUAAAACUUAUUCGUAUGAGAGAGAUGAAUCGGUCUCRCGCCAUUCAGGAUGCCAUCACCGUGCAGCAGUCGUAUCUCCUGUUAUUCGUUAUACGUCGUCUUUCUCCCCCGCCAGUCCAUGUUACUCACACUACAUGUACUUUGAUCAAGACAGCCAUAUUUAUAGCUAUAAUUAGAACUAGAAGAGAUAUAAUAUAGAAGAAGAAGAAGAUGAAGAAGAA